CGCUGCUGCUGAACAUGUGCUGUUUGUUGAUCAGAUAGCGCGAUGGCUUUCUAAUAAGGGAAGAAAUGAUUAUUAUCCGGUUUGUCAGUUGACGUUAGUGAGCGGGGUAUUUACGAUAUCCAUCGAGGUCUAUAGAUUUUUUAUUUAACUGACUUACAGACAGUUUAUUUUCGUUAGAGAGUAAGUCGUUAGCCACGCGCGCGCCUCUGAAUCAGGGCAGGACAUUAAGGAACCGGCUCAUCAGCUGCUUCAGACAGUCCGCGUCGUCGCCGUUUCUCUCUCCGUCUGAGGUAACUGCCACGCCGCCACCAUGCGGAGGUGUAAGAAUUGCGGUGGGACGGAAGUGGACGUGGACCAGGCUCGCGGUGACGCCGUGUGUAUGGGCUGCGGCUCCGUGCUCGAGGACAACAUCAUCGUCUCGGAGGUGAUGUUCGUGGAGAGCAGCGCCGGAGCCUCGUCAGCCGUCGGCCAGUUCGUGGCCUCGGACUCUCAGGGCAAUGUCCCGUCUCUGGGUGGAAACUUGACGGGGAUGGGAAAAGAGUCCAGAGCACAGACGUUACAGAACGCAAAGAGGAAUAUAAAUCACCUGGGCCGCCAGCUGCAGAUGAACCAGCACUGCCUGGAUACGGCCUUCAACUUCUACAAGAUGGCGCUGUGUAAACACCUGACCCGAGGCAGGAAGUCGGCCCACGUCAUCGCCGCCUGCCUCUACCUGGUGUGUAGGACUGAGGGCACGCCCCACAUGCUGCUGGAUCUUAGCGAUCUUCUGCAGGUCAACGUGUAUGUUCUGGGAAGAACCUUCCUGGUGUUGGCCAGAGAACUCUGCAUCAACGCUCCAGCCAUAGAUCCGUGUCUGUACAUCCCCCGCUUCGCACACAUGUUGGAGUUUGGCGAGAAGAGCCACGAGGUGUCCAUGACAGCGCUGAGACUCGUACAGAGGAUGAAGAGGGACUGGAUGCACACGGGACGAAGGCCUUCGGGACUCUGCGGAGCAGCUCUGCUGGUCGCCGCCCGUAUGCACGAGUUCCGUCGCACCAUCAAAGACGUGAUCGGUGUCGUUAAAGUGUGUGAGGCCACGCUGAGGAAGAGGCUGAACGAGUUUGAGGACACGCCCACCAGCGAGCUGACCAUUGACGAGUUCAUGAGGGUGGAUCUGGACCAAGAGUGUGACCCGCCCUCUUUUAAAGACGGACAGAGGAAGCUCCGGCUGCAGAAGAUCGAGGAGGAACUGGCUAAGAAGAUCGACGACGUCCAGGGUGAAAUCUCCGGCUAUCAGGAUGAGAUUGAAAUGGAGCUGGAGAGCAGGCGACCAAAAUCCAGAGGGAUCUUUGCAGCUUAUGGGAAAAAUGACGACGCCGUGUCCAUGACGUCGUCCCUCGGCGUGUGCGAUCUGGACGACGAGGACGAAGACCUGCGUGCGGCGGUGUCUCACCUGAACGAAGACCCGCCCGGCGUCGGCGACGGAGAGGAGCGGUGCGACGAGGAGCGACGGGAAGCGACAGAGGAAGAGCGAGACUCUCCGGUCAAGCGUCCGUCUCUGGAAGCUCUGCUCGGGCCGCUGCCCACCGCCGCCAGCCUCGGCCUGUCCGACUCCAUCCAGAAGUGCGUGGGAGAGGAGAAGGAGAACGAGAACGAGCAGGGGUCAGACGGCGGCGAGCUGGACCUGAGCGGGAUCGACGACGACGAACUCGAGUGGUACAUCCUCAAUGAGAAGGAGGUGAAGAUUAAAACCGACCUCUGGAUGCUGGAGAACGCAGACUACCUCAAAGAACAGAAAGAAAAGGAGGAGAAAAUAGCGAAAGAGAAAGAGCUGGGUAUCUACAAGGAGAAAAAGCGGAGGAAACCAGCUCAGAGGAGAGCACCGAUCAACGCCAGCACGGCCGACGAAGCCAUCGAGAAGAUGCUGGAGCAGAAACGGAUCUCCAGUAAGAUCAACUACGACGUCCUGAAGGACCUGAACCGCUCCAGCACGAAGAGCCCGCCUCCCGAGCCAAAGGAGUCCCCGGGCCGCACCGCGCAGAGGAGGACACCGUCAGCACGCCCACGCAAGGCCAACGAGUUCUCAGCCAGUCUGGCAGAGCCGGCCAGCAACUUCGGCAAGAGGUUACGGCCACUGAUCUCCGCACAGCUUGCUAAGAAGCCACUCCUGGAUCAGAUGGUGUCUGAGGCUCCGGCCGCCCCCGCUGCGGUUACCCACAGUGCCGUGGUGGUGGAGAGCGGGCCCGUAGCGUACGAAGAGCCGAAAGAGGAGGAGGAGGAGGACGAGGAGGAGCAGUGCUGCAGUGCCAUACAGCUGAUGGGAGGAGACGGUCAGUCAGCGCACGUUUUAACCUCCGCGCACUUUAGUCACGUGUCGAUUAUCGCUCGUACGAUAUACCGGCAUUUUAACCGCACGUCCUCUUUACUCGCGGGUUAUUUAUUAUUUGGUGGUGUGUGUUUUUUUUUUUUGUUGCAGAUUACGGCUAUGAUUUUGACGAUGACGAUUGACUUUAGUGCCGCC